UGCCAGGGUGGGUCAAUGGUUAACGCUCAGCUGGCUUUAUAUAAGCUGCCCCGGGCCACCUGCUGUACACAGCCUCUUCAGGCCUUCUGUUUCCUGACUCCUGGAGGCAGCUGCUCUGGCAGCCUCAGCUGCGACUGGCUGGUCCACACUAUGGCCACCUGCUGGCAGGGCCUAUGGGCCUAUCGCUUCUACUUGAUUGUGCUAUUUCUGCCCAUUUUCCUGUUGCCUCUGCCAAUCAUUGUCCGAACUAAGGAAGCCUACUGUGCUUACUCCAUCAUCCUCAUGGCACUGUUGUGGUGUACGGAGGCCCUGCCCCUGGCUGUCACCGCCCUGUUCCCCAUCAUCCUUUUCCCCCUGAUGGGUAUCAUGGAAGCCUCUGAGGUCACCCAAAGGCCAUUUCCGUUUGGUUCUGAGGUCCCAGGGGAAUCACAGUUAGUGAGGGAGUUGAAGGUUUCCCAUAAGCUUGGUGAUAUCAGGAGGAGACCCCAGGGUCUCUGAUACAGCCCCACUCUCCAGGUCUGCAUAGAGUACUUCAAGGAUACCAACAUACUGUUCUUUGGGGGCCUGAUGGUGGCCGUCGCCGUAGAGCACUGGAACCUACACAAACGCAUCGCCCUCCGAGUGCUCCUUGUCAUUGGAGUGCGGCCUGCCCUGCUGCUUCUAGGCUUCAUGUUGGUCACCGCCUUCCUCUCCAUGUGGAUUAGCAACACUGCCACCACAGCCAUGAUGUUGCCCAUUGGGCAUGCCGUCCUGGAGCAGCUUCAGGGCUCACAGAAGGAUGUGGAGGAAGGCAAUGACAACCCCACCUUUGAGCUCCAGGAAGCAAGUCCCCAGAAGGAGGUGACCAAGCUAGAUAACGGACAGGCUAUAUCUGCUUCUUCGGAUCUCAGAACGCAGAAGACCGGGGAGCAUCACCGCUUCAGCCAGGGGCUGAGCCUGUGCAUUUGUUACUCAGCCAGCAUCGGGGGCAUCGCCACCCUGACAGGCACCACCCCCAACCUGGUGCUCCAAGGCCAGGUCAACUCGAUCUUCCCCCAAAAUGGCAAUGUGGUGAACUUUGCCUCCUGGUUUGGUUUCGCUUUCCCCACCAUGAUCAUCUUGCUGCUGUUGGCUUGGAUAUGGCUACAGGUCCUCUUCCUGGGUUUCAACUUCCGGAAGAACUUUGGCUUUGGGGAAGGAGCGGAAGAGAGAAAGGAGGCAGCCUUCCAGGUCAUCAAGACCCAACACAAGCUGCUGGGCCCCAUGAGUUUUGCAGAGAAGGUUGUCACUGCCCUCUUUAUUGUUCUGGUGGUGCUCUGGUUCACCAGAGAGCCAGGCUUCUUCCCAGGCUGGGGUGACACGUUUUUCGCCAACAAAGAUGGGCAAAGCAUGGCAUCAGAUGGGACAGUGGCCAUUUUCAUCAGCCUGAUUAUGUUCAUCAUACCCUCCAAGAUUCCAGGACUAACUCAAAACCCAAAAAAACCAGGGAAGCUGAAGGCUCCUCCUGCCAUCCUCACCUGGAAGACAGUGAACGAUAAGAUGCCCUGGAAUAUCGUGAUCUUGCUGGGUGGGGGCUUUGCCCUGGCCAAAGGCAGUGAGAAGUCUGGUCUAUCUGAGUGGCUGGGAGACAAGCUGACCCCGCUGCAGCACAUACCGCCAUCAGCCACAGCAAUCAUCCUCUGCCUACUCAUCGCCAUCUUCACCGAGUGCACCAGUAACGUGGCCACCACUACGCUCUUCCUGCCCAUCCUGGCCUCCAUGGCACAGGCCAUCUGCCUUCACCCGCUCUAUGUCAUGCUCCCCUGCACCCUGGCUGCCUCCUUGGCUUUCAUGCUGCCUGUGGCCACUCCACCCAAUGCCAUCGUCUUCUCCUUUGGAGGCCUCAAAGUGUCCGAUAUGGCCCGUGCCGGAUUCCUGCUCAAUAUCAUCGGGGUGCUGGCUAUCACACUGUCCAUCAACAGCUGGAGUAUCCCCAUCUUCAACCUGGACACAUUCCCUUCCUGGGCCCACUCCAACAUAAGCCAAUGCGUUCUCGGCCCCUCCAAUUCCACGUCCAAUUCCACCGUGGGGGCCACAGAACCACCCCCUCCCCCGCAAGCCACAGGCUAUGCCCGCUGGCAGGGACUGGGGGCCCUGGCCUGGUACAGGAGGGGAGGGCUGGGGGGCCGGGCGCGGCCAGGGCGGGCACAGGAGCCAACCCAGGACAACCAGGCUGACGGACUGACAGACAGUCGGAGCUCCUGGGCCCCUAGACCCAGGCCCCCACGCCGACCUGCUUCACUGAGCAGGGUCUUCCGACUUCGAUCCUUCUUGCUGUAG